AUGUCCCUGAUUGACCAUCUAGAUGGUGCCCUUGAGGGUGCUCGCCGCCUUGGCACCAUCAUAAUCUUGGCUGGGGAUUUCAAUGUCCACAACGAGGAGUGGCUUCGCAGCACAAAGACAACUGUGGCUGGGGAAGCUUUGGAAGUGUUGUGUGCAACCCACCACCUCGACCAGCAUGUACACCAUCCAACACGCGGUGAAAAUACGUUAGACUUAGUUCUUUCCGACUUCACUACCCCAGUAUCAACCAACGUGCUUUCCCCCCUCGGCAGGUCCGACCAUGCCGUUGUGAUAUGCAACUUCCAAGCAGUUUCCGCCCGCCGCGAUCCAACAACCUCCCGCAAGGUGUGGAAAUACGAUAGUGCUGACUGGAAGAGACUCCGGGCGUUUUACCGCGGUCACGGCUGGCAGUCGAUAAUGUCAGACGAUCCCACUCUGUAUUGCGAGCGAUUAACCUCGGCCAUCCUGCAAGGCAUGGACCAGUACAUCCCCACCAAAUUCUUCACCACUCCUUCCUCUGACCCUCACUGGUGGACUCCAGAGUGCACCAUUGCUGAAGAGGCAAAGGAGAAGCAGUGGAAGAAGUGGAGGCAGAACCCGCACCGGGAUGACCUGAAGACCUCCUUCAUUGCUUCUGUCAACCGAGCUGUUCACACACAGCAGAGCGCCCAUAUGUCUAGCGUCAAUCGACUGCGCCACACACUCAGCUGCCAGUCACUUAGUGAUAAACAGUGGUGGACAAACAUGAAGAAAGCCACUGGCGCUACGCGCAACUCCGCUGAUGUUCCUUUGCUAGUCGACAACCAUGGCAAGGAGUUCCACACCUCAGCAGAGAAGGCUGAGUGCCUGGCACAGCAUUUCUCCUCGAAGUGCAGCUUGGGUGACCGAGAACUGACUAUCAAUGACCUUCCUGCGGUGACCAUCCCGACCCACGAGCCAUUAGAGCACGUCCAUUUCCGAGAAGCUUCAGUCCGGCGGCAUCUUGCAAGGCUAGUCCCAUCCAAGGCAUCUGGACCUGACAGCAUUCCAUCUCGGGUAUUGAAAGAGUGCUCUAAGGAACUUACUCAUCAGGCCAGUGAUGUUAGGAGAUGCCCGUAG